CCUGUUGGAAUGCUUUCAUGUUUCUGCACCUAGAAUGUAUGUUAGCAGUGGAUGUAAGCCGGCCUCACUGUCAGUCACUGCUGUGGCGAUAAAUAUAUCGCCUUGUUCCCAGUAAUUACUCAUUAGGACUUUAUCUAAUAUUUCCCAUGUCAUCGUCGUCACAUAACUGAAACUUAACUAUUUUGCCUACCCGUAGAUAGGAAGUUAGGUUUGUAAUUUUAAAAUGAUUUCCUGCAAUGUACUUCCUCCGCCUCUGAGUUCCAGCCGGCUGUUCCUCCGAGACCCCACGCGGGAGUCGCAAUACCUGAAUACGCCGCAGCGUCCUUCCCACCGUGGGAAAGCACUGCGAGGUUCCCAAGGGUUUCUCUCUCCCGUGCACCCCCAGCCUGUGAUCCGGGAUCGCCGCUCCCCCGAGGGCCAGCUGAGGGAGCUGGCGGGACGUGGGUUCCUGGCGGGCAACAGUGUGCGGUGACACCAGCCCGGCCCGCGGGCGGCGCUCUCCGCGAGCGCGCGGCUCCUCCUCCCGCCGGCUCGGCCCAGCCCCGCGCGGUCGGACGGCAGAGGCGGCUCCCGCAGGGUCCAGCUCCGGAGUGCCGGAGUUGAGCGGGAGACCCGGCCCCGGGAGGAGAGAAGGGUGGGGGCGCCUUCGCUUGAAGUACGGGGUUUGGGAGAUGUGAGGAGGACGAGAUGCUGCGGAGGGACGCAGGAGACUGAUGGCCCGCCGGCUCGGCUGCACGGUACCUUUCCCGCCCAUGUCACAGCCGCCCGCCCCGGCCCCGGGGGUCCCCGCCGCGCGCCAGCCCCAGAGGCCCAGCGCGCAGCCCGCGCCUUCGCCGCUCGCCGCCGCCGAGGAGAAGAGGAGGCCCCCGGAGAGGUCCGAGGUGCUUCUCUCCAGGUCCUGGCCCUCGGCCACCCUAAAGAGACCGCCGGCCCGGCGCGGCCCCGACCCGGGCAGGACGCGGCCGCCCGCCCCUCCGCGUUCCUCGCCCCGGGCCUCACCCAGCCGCACGCGGGCCCCGACCACGUGCAGCACGCCCCGGCGGGCUGGCUCUGGCCUCAGCCCGGCAAGGGCCGCCUGCGCAGGGACCGCCACAGGGACUGGAGCCACCACCUCGGGGACGUCGGCGCGGGCGCGGGCGGGGACAGAGGCCCGGCCAGAUGACGCCCUGCGCUUUUCCUUGAGCCUCACCCCCGAGGCGGUCCUGGUCAUCCAGAAGCGCCACCUGGAGAAGCGGCUGCUGGCGGAGCCGCGCAGGCCCUUCCCCGAGCCAUCGGCCGACCCCCGGCGCCUGCUCGUCCCCUGUUCCCUCGCUGGAGACGCCAGUCCGCAGAGAGGCGGCGCCACCAGCUGCCCCGACGGUACCGCGGCCGCGGGCUUCCGCUGCCGCGCGACGCGAUUCCCGGGGCUGCCCUGCGGCCCGCAGGCGCCUGAGUCCGGCUCGCGGCCCGCCGACCUACGCCCGCUGCUCAAGGUGUCGCUGCUCAACGAACGACACAAGUACGACGACGUGGAGUACGAGGAAGAGACCGAGGCCCUGGACGAAGGCCUAGUGCAAAAGUGCACCGACUGGCUGCGCGGCGUGGAGGCGGCGGCCGCCGCGCGGGACCGAGCGGGGCGCCUGGGCGCGCUGCCGCACUUGAGCACGCUGUGAGCGGGGCACGGGCCGGGCCUGACGCCCGCACCCCUGCGGACCGUACUCCACCCACCCCGGGCUCUCGUGGGGGACGCACAGCCCAGUCUGGCCGCGGUUUCUCCUCGGUGCUGGUGAACCGAGCAGGCCCGCCCGACGCCCGCGGCCCCUCUCCCGCCUCGCCGCUCCAGUCCCCCUUUGUCUCUCCCCGACACCGGUGGUUCCUCCCCAGAAGUCCCAGCGGCUGGCCGGGGAGCGGGCAGCUGUUAGAUGCCUACUGUGUGUUUAGUUCCAGGGGCCCUUUGUGUGGGGCAGGCCUGCCCCCGCCAGGUCCACGCCUGGACUGAGCGCUAGUCUGCGCCGCCCGCUGCAUGUGGAACGUGGUGCUGAGUUUAUCACUUUAUUUUCUCCCAACUCAGAAACAUGUUGGGGGUAGUGGAAAGCCUGGAAGUCAAACUUGAUGUAAUUUCCAGUAUCUGCAGAGGAAGGGUGAUGACCUGGAACGAGUCAUGCGCUUGAUGUCAGCUCUGCCCUGUGGUCACACAGCCGAUGACUCAUGGUCAGCAUGGUGUACUGGGUGCGCACGUGCGUACACGCUCACAUCGCCACGCACGCCCGCAAAACGCGCCCCUGAUCCCCCGUGAACACACAUAAUCACACUCACACAUACAUGCACACCCAGAGUCUCUCCUGAAGCAGUUUUGGGAAUUGUUCCCAAUGGUUGGAUUAAGGCAGGAGCUGGAGUGAGGGUCAGCUUUUUUAAAAAUCAAAUCAUCUCUAUUUGAAGUGCUCACAACAUCGCUUUUGUGGAAAGAAAAGGUAACGUACGGAAAGGGGCAGUGCUGGAGCCUGUAACCCCCAGAGGCUGACAGGUGCCAGGGCCCCCUAGAGAUUUGCUAGGAAAGAGGAAGGCCCUGGGCGAGGUGGAAGAAGUGGUGUAUUUAUUUUUGGCAUUUUUAGUCACUGUAUGAAAAUCAGUGAUGACUUAUACAGCUGUAUAUAGUGAUUAAAAUUUUUCUAUUUAUUAUUUGAAUAAUGAGUAAAUUUUUAUUAACCGUAUCCUUUACCCUGCUAACUGGAGACUGAUUUCUAGAUAUUUCUUCCAUGCAUCUGGGUAUAUUUAACUCUAAGGAUGAAAAGAAAAUAAAGUGUUAUAAUCAGAUAAGACUGGUUACAGAAGAGUAAUGUGUUACCUCAAAUGUUGACUGAGUUUGUAAGUCAAUUACCAGCUUAAUGUUUGUUUCGUUAGACUUUAAUGUGUCAAGCCUGAAUUAUAUUUUA